AUGGCUGAUCCAGAGCAACUUCAAGCUCUAACACGGAUGUUGGCCGAUGCCCUAAAAUCAUCGCUUCGGUCUUUGGGUCCCCUGAAUGCAGCCCCGCCAGCAGCAGCAGCAGCUGCGAAACCGCCGUCAUUUUCGGUUUCGGAAUAUCGCUCUUCGGAGGAUUCGACAGUGGCCGACUACUUCAAACGUUUCGAGUGGGCGCUGGAGUUGAGCAAAAUUCCGGAGGAGCAGUAUGCGCAUUAUGCUCGCGUGUACAUGGGAGCGGAACUCAACAACGCCAUCAAGUUUCUCGUGAGCCCGCAGGAUCCAGCCGAAUUGCCGUUCGUCGAUAUACGGAACAAAUUGGUGGAGCAUUUCGACCACCCAAAGGAUAAGUACGUAGAGAGUAUCCGGUUCCGUGAAAUUAUCCAGAAGAAAGGCGAGUCAGUGUCAAGUUUUGUUCUUCGCCUCAGACAAGGUGCAGCAUAUUGCCAAUAUGGCGAAUUCCUCGACAGAAUGCUGACCGAGCAACUUCUACAUGGCCUUGCAUCGCGGGAAGUGUGCGAUGAGAUAAUCGCGAAGAAACCCGAAACGUUCAACGCAGCAUUUGAAGUUGCACACACACUAGAAGCCACUCGCAACUCAGCCAAGGAAGUGCAAACGGCAAAGCCGUCAGUGUAUGGAGAAUCGACGAACAAGCUGGGCUUCGAAAAGCCGAAGACGAGAAAGGGAAAAUCGAUCAAACUUUCCUCUCACAAACACCAGCGCACGGAGCCGAAGGAAAGUGCAGAAGGAAACGUCAAAAAGUGCAACGGAUGUGGUGGUCAACAUAAGAGAAGUGAAUGCAAGUAUCGUGAUGCAGAGUGCUUCACCUGUAAAGGAAAGGGCCACAUAUCGACAGUGUGCAGGAGUGGCAAGCAGAAACCUCAACACCGAUCGACCUACCAGGUUCAGGCGCACCAACAACCGGCAGCGCUAGUGGACGAGGUGCAAUCGUUGAGCAAAAUUCAUUCUGUUGCCGCAUCAAAACAAGUGAUUAACGUCAACAUCGACGGCCACGAAAUACCAAUGGAAGUUGACACGGGAGCCCCUUGUGGGAUCAUCAGCGAAAACAAAUUGUGGUCAAUCAAGCCAAAGUGUGUCCUCUUGAAAUCGGACCGCCAGUUCAGCAGCUAUACCGGGCAUCCCAUCGUAUGCUUGGGGCGCCUUCCAGUGAACGUCCGCAUCGGAAAAACAACCCGUAAAUUGAAUCUACACGUUGUGUCCGGAAACUACGAUUCGCUCUUUGGUAGAGAGUGGAUUUCCCAAUUUGCAGCGGAAGUGAAUUUGAACAAGCUGUUUAGCCAGAGCCAUUCGGUGCACCCCUACGAGGAUGUUUUUAGUGACACCGCUGGUAAGCUAAUUGGUCCUCCUGCAUCCGUGCACCUGAAGCCCGGAACAGCCCCUGUGUUCGCCAAGGCGCGCGAUGUACCGCUGGCACUCAAGAGCCAGUACGCCAAAGAAAUCGAAAAGAAACUAGCGUCAGGUGCCUACGAAAAGGUCGACUAUUCGGAGUGGGCAUCCCCGACCCACAUAGUAGUCAAGAAGAAUGGAAGCUUACGCAUCACCGGAAACUACAAACCAACUGUAAAUCCCGGGAUGAUCAUCGACGAGCAUCCGAUCCCGAAGAUUGAGACGAUCUUCAACUGUAUGAAGGGAGCAAAUUUGUUCUGCCACUUGGACGUGACGGACGCAUACACCCACCUCCCAAUCGACGCAGAGUUUCAACACAUCCUGACAUUGAACACUCCAACCCACGGUCUGGUACGGCCGACAAGAGCAGUGUACGGUGCAGCAAAUAUUCCGGCAAUCUGGCAGCGCCGGAUGGAAGCUGUGUUCCAAGGUCUCGCAAACGUCAUCAACUUUUUCGAUGACAUCAUAGUCUUCGCCGACGGAUUCGAAAAUUUGCUCAUCUCCCUCGCAGCAGUUUUCGAAAGAAUCAAGCAACAUGGUUUACGCCUGAAUCGUGCCAAAUGUGUUUUCGCCGCCCCGGUCUUGGAGUGCCUGGGCCACAAAAUCGACGCCGAUGGACUUCACAAGUCAGACAAACACAUCGUGGCAAUCCGAGAUGCCCCUCGUCCCACCACCCCAGACGAGCUUCAGCUAUUUUUGGGAAAAGCGACAUAUUACAAUUCCUUUAUUCCCAAUCUCUCAACUCGGUCCCGUCCUCUAAGGGACAUGAUGCAGAAAGGUGAUUUGAAGUGGACGCCAGAAAGAUGUGCAGCCUACGAGGACAUCAAAUCAGCUCUGGUGUCACCGCAGGUGCUGAUGCCAUACGAUCCAGCUCUUCCUUUGAUCCUGGCCACUGAUGCAAGCAAGUAUGGCCUGGGAGCCGUUUUGUCGCACCGCCUGGAGAAUGGACUCGAGCGACCAAUAGCAUAUGCAAGCUGUGCCAUGUCUCCCACCGAGCAGCGCUACCCACAGAUUGACAAAGAAGCUCUUGCAAUCGUGUGGGCCGUCAAGAAGUUUUUCCAUUAUCUGUACGCCCGUCGAUUCACACUGGUUACAGACCACAAGCCGCUCACCCAAAUCCUGCACCCAAGCAAAUCACUACCAACGUUGUGCAUCAGCAGAAUGGCCAAUUAUGCAGACUACAUGGCGCAUUUCAACUACGAGGUUGUUUACAAAUCAACGAAGGAGAACGUCAACGCCGAUUAUUGUUCUCGCUUCAUCCCGAAUCGAUCAGCUGAUUGUGUAAACAAGGUGAGUGCCCCAGCCGCCCUUUGUGAGGGAAGAGAUAGUAGUGAAGACGACUUCGAUGCAUUCGUUUUGCACCAAAUUGCACAACUACCAGUACGUGCCGACCACAUAGCUCGAGAAACACGAAAGGAUCCCGAACUAGGCACAAUCGUACAACUCCUAGAAGCCGGCACAGAGUUGGCCCGUUCCGGUUACAAAGCUCCAGAGGUGAAAUUUACGCUUGCAGCUGGUUGCCUCUUAUUCGAGCACAGAGUGGUGGUACCCCCAGUUCUACGUCAGUCCAUCUUGAAAGAUCUUCACACCGCACACCUUGGCAUAGUGAAAAUGAAAGGGCUGGCUCGCUCGUUUGUUUAUUGGCCCCGAAUCGACGCCGAUAUCGAGCAGACGGUGAAAUCGUGUGCUGACUGUGCCCGUCAAGCGCACUCGCCGCCAAAGUAUUCCGAACACCACUGGGAGUAUCCCAAAGGCCCAUGGGAGAGAAUCCACGUCGACUACGCAGGUCCCGUAGCUGGUUCGAUGUUGCUGAUAGUAGUCGAUGCAUACAGCAAGUGGCUGGAGGUGAAGGUAACCAACUCUACAACAACAGCCGCAACGAUUGCCAUCAUGGACGAGAUGUUCGCUCGCUAUGGAGCGCCAGUAACUGUGGUGUCAGACAACGGACCACAGUUCACCGCAGCAGAGUUUAAGGAGUUUUUGAAGAACAGUGGGGUCAAGUUUCACAAGUUGUCCGCCCCCUACCACCCAGCAACCAACGGACAGGCGGAACGGUACGUGCAGACGACGAAAGAUGCUUUGAAGUCAAUGAAUACAAAUGCAUCAUCGUUGCAAUCGCACCUGAACAACUUCCUGCAACAGUAUCGUCGAGCUCCGCACGCAACCACCGGUGAAGCACCAUGCAAGCUGUUCUUACGACGGAACUUCCGAACCCGUUUCGAUCUACUGAAGCCCGAAGAUGUCCAACAACGAGUGUCAACGAAACAGCAAGCUGACUUUGAGCCAAACUAUCGUACAUUCAGCGUUGGCCAACAAGUCUACUUCCUGUCCGGCAACUCCCGAAUGGAUAAAUGGAUACCAGGUGUCAUCGCAGCACGUCUAGGUGACUUGCACUACCAGAUUGAAUUCAACGGCAAGCCAUUCAAGAGGCAUGUCGACCAGAUGCGCUCCAGGGUCAUCGCAAAUGCGCAGCAAAUGGUCGAGGAAGCUGAAAGCGACGAGCCAAGACGUGUUCACUUCUACGACAACGCAGCCAGGUUUCCUUCGUCGCCGAAUCAUCGUAGUGGUGCUCGUACUGCUCCGAGUUCCCCGGAGUAUGCCACACCACCUAGCAGCCCGAUUCAACAGGAUGGUCCCCCGGUUGCCUUGAGACGGUCAACGAGACAACGCCGUCCCCCGCAGCUGUACUCUCCGUAG